CGAGCACAAAAAAAGUAAAAAUCCAAGAUGGCCGCCCUGUAAAACAACAUGGCAGUCUCUAUCGUGGAAUUCAGUUUUUUCUUGAAAUAAAUAAUUAUCGUUUGUUCUUUCUUGACUAUAGCGUAAAUGAAUAGAAGAAAUUAAUUUAGAUAAUAACUAAAGUGAUAUUAUAUUUUUCCUAGAUAGUGGAAUAUAACAGUUAUCAAGUGAUUUUCAACAAGUGAAUAGACGCUACAUUGUGGAGAUACCUAAUUUGUGAAAAGUGACAGCUUUAGAUGAAAUAUAGGUGUUAGAAAUUGGAUUGGAGUAUGUCGUACCCACCGCGGCCACCGAUGGUGCCGUACGGGAUCGCGCCCAGUGUUGUGACGAUGCCAAUGGCCACGCAUGUGAUGGUAGGAGCGUACGGUGCAGGAACACGCGGCGCCCUGCUGCCCGCUCCGGCAGCCAACAAGGCAGUGAUCUCUCGAGGACCAACCCGGAACAAUGGGGCUAAGGACAGCGAGGGACCGCCUGUCACUGUCUUUAUAGGCAACAUAACCUCCCGAGCGCCCGAGCCGAUGAUCCGCGCGCUGCUGGGCGCGUGCGGGCCCGUGCUGUCGUGGAAGCGCGUGUCCACGUUCGGGUUCUGCGAGUUCGCGUCGCCCGAGGCGGCGCUGCGCUGCGUGCGGCUGCUGCACGACCGCCCGCUGGCCGACAAGAAGCUGCUGGCGCGCACCGACGGCAAGAUGCAGGCGCUAGUGGAUACUUACAAGACGGAGCAGCGGUCGCGGCUGGGCAGCAGCGGCGCGGCGGACGCGGACUCGUACCUGGACGGGCGCCAGCGCGCGCUGGACGACGCGGCCGGCCGCAAGCUGGCGCAGAUCAUGCUGGACUACCAGCACGACAUCAACAACUACGAGGCCAAGCAGAAAGAGGAAGCGAUUUCGAAAACCGCUCGCGUGCUCGAGGAGGCGGAUAUUUCGGAAGAGAAGCGCGACGUCAUCCACCGCGAGAUCGGCAAGUUCCGGGAGAGCAUGAAGGAGGAGGCGGACGUGGUGGUGAGGAGGAAGAAAGACGAGCGGCCCCCGGAGCGGGAGAGGGAGCGAGACAGGGAGCGAGAGAGGGAGCGAGAACGAGAACGAGAGCGAGACAGAGACAGGGAUAAGGACAAGGACAAGGAAAAGGAGAGAAGGAAACGGAGCUCAUCUAGAGGCAAGGAUCGCCGCGAGGAGCGCGACAAGGAGCGCGAGCGCGAAGACCGCGAGCGCGAGCGCGAGCGCGAGCUGCGCGAGAGGGAGCGCGAGCGCGAGAGGGAAGUACGAGAGCGGGAAAGAGAAAGGGAGAUUCGCGAACGCGAGCGGGAACGCGAGCGCGAGCGGGACAGGGAGAGAGAGCGCGAACGCGAACGGGAGCGGGAGCGCACGCGCACGCGCUCGCGGUCGCGCGCGCGCUCGCGGGGGCGCUCGCGGGGGCGGUCGCGGGGGAGGUCGCGGGGGGGGUCGCGCGGCGAGGCGGAGUCGCGGCGCGAGAAGGAGGUGGAGGAGGAGGCGCGCGAGCGCAAGCGGCGCGAGAAGAAGGCGCGGGAGAAGGAGGCCGCCUACCAGGAGAGGUUACGCAACUGGGAGAGCCGCGAGCGCCGCAAAGCGAAGGAGUACGAGAAGGAGAAGGAGCGAGAGAGAUGCCGCGAGGAGGAGAGGGAGAAGGAAGCCAAGCGGCUCAAGGAGUUCCUCGAGGACUACGACGACGAGAGGGACGACCAUAAAUAUUAUAAGGGCAAGGAGUUGCAGCGCCGCCUCGGGGCGCGCGUGCGCGAGGCGGAGAGCGACGCGCGCGAGCGGGAGCGCGAGCAGCGCGAGCUGUCGGAGCUCAGGCGGGCGGUGUUCGGCGCCAGACCGGCAGACGACCCAGCGGCCGCCGCGGCGUUCGAGCGAGCGAAGCAGUCGCACGAGGAGCAGUACAAACCCAAGCUGUUGGUGGACGUGAGCCUCCACUCCGCGCAGCAGCGGGAGCGGGAGCGCGAGCGGGCGCGGGAGCGGCAGCGGGCUAGAGACGAGGCGCGCACGCGCGCGGAGCGCUCGCGCUCGCGCUACCUGCGGCUGGCGGCGUCGCGCGAGCUGCCGGCCGCCGCCUCGCCCAUCCAGUCCGACUCGCCCUCGCCGCCCACGCCGCCCGCCGCCUCGCCGCCCGCCUCGCCGCCGCCCGCCCCGCCCGCCGCGCACCGCCACCACCGGCACAGGCAUCGCCGCCAGAGGGAGAGUUCGGAAGGCGGCACCACCCCCCCGCGACCGCCUUCUCCGGAGAUGAAAGAGCGGCAACACAGACAUAGCGCGGGCACAGAAGCGAGCACGCCGGCGUCCAGCUCGCCCAUCACCAUCAGCUUCAAGAACAGCCUCGCCGCGGACAACAACAACGAGGAGGCGGGCAUCGCGCGGCGCGCGCACGCCGCCUUCGCGGACGACGAGCCCGACGGCAGCCCCGCGCCGCCCCCGCCCGCCGCUAAAGACAAGAAAGAAAAGGAUAAAGAGCGCAAAGAAAAAGAAGAGAAGAGCAAGCGCGGCACCCCGCCGCCGCCCGGCGAGCGCGGCGACGACAAGCGGCGGCAGGUGAAGUCGCUCAUCGACCGGAUCCCCACGCAGAAGGGGCUGCUGUUCCAGUACAAGCUCGACACCGACCAGAUCGACAGCGCGCUGAUGGAGAAGCGCAUCCGGCCGUGGAUCAACAAGAAGAUCGUGGAGUACAUCGGCGAGCCCGAGCCCACGCUGGUGGACUUCAUCUGCAGCAAGGUGGUGGCGGGCGCGGCGCCGCAGGGCAUCCUGGACGACGUGCAGAUGGUGCUGGACGACGAGGCCGAGGUGUUCGUGGUCAAGAUGUGGCGCCUGCUCAUCUACGAGCUGGAGGCCAAGCGGCGCGGCCUGCACAAGUGACCGGCCCGGAACUCGCCCCCCCUCGCCCCGUCUCCCCCCCGCCCCCCGCGGCGCCCCGUGCAGUACGUGUACGGCGAGUACCCGCACUGAGCUCGCGGGAACACUACUAAAUAACCUUCGAUCAACUACAUACAUACUACAUUCACAGACAACAGCUAAUCGAACACAAAUUGAUUUUAACAUGUAAUAAAUCCUUAAAUAUAAAACCUGUUCAUUGUGAAAGAGCAGAGUUUUAUAAGAAUUGUGUGCUUCAUCGUAAUGUAUUAAGAUCCAUUUUUUAACGGACGGGUUUCUGACACUUGUAGCGAGAUUGUACAUGUGUUGUAGAGCACGUCGCUGUCUAUGACGACACGCCACCCGACACGGCAGGAGGGACGUGUCUCCCCUCGUUGUCACGCGACACGAACAUGUUACGCUCUCACCGCGACUUACCACGAAAAUAGUAAAAAAAAAAUACACACUUCAAAAACUGUUGUCUUUGAAAAAUUGUUAUUUUUGUAUAUUGACAUUAUACGGUGUUAGAUUUAUACAUAUUUCCAGUAACGUUGAAACAUUUGAAACGUGAUGGUGUCCGUGAAGUGGACUGAGCUUUCUGUAAAUAGAUAAAGUUAGUGUGUCUACUCGUAGACUUGUUGAAAUGUCUGUACGCGACGCAGAGUCAGGCGCUUGCAGAGUUGAAUGAUUUGUUUGUUCACCGGUCAAUCUACUGCCAGUCUUGUACGGAGACCUCGUGAAUUAUAAUUACAAUAGAUAUAAAUGUAAACUAGGACGUAAGCGCUUGAUGUUGAUUGAAUGGCGGCGGACGUGGCGCUCACUUCGAUUUUGUAAAUAGCCCUACUUACUAUAUACAGUUAGAAACUGGAAACAGUGAGUUUGUCUUGCUCGCUGAUGUUUAUGUUGUACGUAUGAUUUGACAUGUAAGAAACGCACUAUAAUAUUGCGUUCAUGUAAAGUUAGCGUAGAUCGAAUGAGACUAAAUUUAUUGUACAGAAAUUUUUACGAAAUAUCUGAAAUGCCACGAUUGUUGUAAAUCAAUUUCAGACUCUAAUGAUUUGAAGCGUUGCUCUCCUGCGGUCUGCGCUAAUGUAUAAAUAUAUAAUAAGUUAGAACUGUGACGUGUAUCAUACACUCCUUGUAUUGUCUUCCGGGCGAUAACAUUUCUUCACAAAAAGGUUCGUGUUUUGUACGAAUUCUAUGCAAAAUCUUUUUGUGUACAUGUCAAUAUUAUUUUAUAAAUAGGAUAGGAUGGAAAUUCAAUAUAAACUGCUGCGACCCUGGCCCACCGGCACCGGCCUGUAAGUAGCAUUUUUUUAUCGAAUUUGUGUGCGCUCUUGGAGGAAGCCUCUGUAAAAAGUUCUUUUUAUACCAUAUUUUUGUACGUCGACAUUUACGCCCACACUGUAUCCGUUUGAUAAUGUAAUAAAAUAGCAUAUAUUUAUUGCUGAUGUAAAUUGUUUAAACAUGCAGAGAUAUUGUUGUUAAUUUAAAAAUAAUCCAGCGUCAACGAAAGUCGAGGGAAAUGUGACAUACAAAUAAAAUAUACAUUUCUGUGCAAACAAUGUUGUUGUAUCUGUGACCCCGGGCGGCGCUCGCGCUCCGGGUAUCACAACCUCGUGUUUAUUGCAAGUGUGUCCUGUCUUCUCUCGGCCUGCGUUGAUUCGCUAUUACGAUAAAUUUACUCAAUACAAUGAGCCGCAUAUAAAUAUAGGUACACUUACUAUACAAUACUUUUAUUUGUGACUCGCUGCAGAAAGAUUAUGAAUUUUAUAGAAAUUCGCAGUUAACGAAGUAUUGGAAGUCUUGAAAGUUUUUUAAAUUGUAACGUGUCAUCAGUCAUCACAAAAAAUUAUCAAGUAAUUCGUCGCCAUACGUGUCUAACUGGCGCUGGAAACUAGGGAGCUAAAACCACCGUUCAGAAAUAGCUAGUUAUGGCGUUGUGUUGCGGUGACAUUUAAAAUGAAACUGCAGCGUCCUAGAGAGAUGUAAUUCCAACCGGAGCUGGAAUACUGACCAGAAUACGAGUGCGAGUGAACAAGGACGAGAACUAGUGCUGUUGGAGGUGAUAGACGACAUUGCAACAGUUUGAUGCUGUGACUUGUGCUUGGCCUGCUUGUUAUGUUUGACCGAAAUAAGUUUAUUUGUUUAUUGUAAAUUAAUCUUCUUGAAAUUUUGUAUAAGUACAUAUUAUAAUAUAGCCUGGAGAAGAACAUACAUACAUAAAAUUCACUUCACUCUUACUCGAAGGGGUAGGCAGGGUGAAGCAUGAUAUUUGGAAUAACAUUUACCGCCAAAUGUUACAGAUUUUUAUUCGUAAUUGUUAGUGCUAGAUAUACUCGCAUCAGCCUGCUACCGGACGGAAUUAUAAGUGCGUGCCAAAUCUGUAGAAGUCUGUGGGAGAACUAGUCUCCAGGUCAAUGUGCGCGCCAGUGCCUGCGCUCGUCUAUCACCUUCCUUGCUGAUUGUACAUUGUAAAUUAUUUGACUAGUGACGUGGGCGCGCGCGCGUGUGUGUGUGUGAGCGAGAGGGCGAAUGUGUUGGAGUGAGAGGCAGCCGUCGCCGAUGUUAUUAUGUUAAGUUUAAUUACCUCCUAGCGAUAAUAUAAUAUUGUCAGAA